GAGAGAAGAUGUCGGGCCAGACACUGACCGACCGCAUUGCCGCGGCCCAGUACACGUUGACGGGCUCCGACGUGUGCCGAGCUGUAUGCAAGGCUACCACACACGAACAGACUGCACCAAAAAAGAAGCACCUGGAAUGUCUGAUCCAGGCCACCCAGGAGAACACAGUCAUUGUCCCCACAAUGGCGGACACGCUGUUGGAGAGGGUGGGCAAUGCCAGCUGGGUGGUGGUCUUCAAAGCUCUGAUCACCACCCACCACCUUAUGGUGCACGGCAACGAGAGGUUCCUCCAGUUCCUGGCCUCCAGAAACACCCUCUUCAACCUCAGCAACUUCCUGGAUAAAACUGGUUCACAUGGCUACGACAUGUCCACGUUUAUCAGGCGCUACAGCCGCUAUCUCAACGAGAAGGCCUUCGCCUACAGACAGAUGUCCUUCGACUUCGGCCGAGUGAAGAAGGGUGCGGACGGAGCCAUGAGGACCAUGUCCGUGGAGAAGCUGCUGAAAGGGAUGCCCACCCUGCAGAGCCAGAUAGACGCGCUGAUGGAGUUUGACGUCCAGCCAAAAGAUAUGAACAACGCAGUGAUCAACUGCUGCUUUCUGAUGCUCUUCAAAGAUCUGAUCAAGCUGUACGCCUGCUACAACGAUGGCAUCAUCAACCUCCUAGAGAAAUUCUUCCAGAUGAAGAGAAGUCAGUGCAAAGACGGUCUUGAGAUCUACAAGAGGUUCCUCACGCGAAUGACCCGUGUCUCAGAGUUCUUCAAAGUCGCACAGCAAAUGGGAAUUGACAAGAACGACAUACCGGAGCACACUCAGGCCCCACAGAGUCUUCUGGAGUCCUUGGAGACUCAUCUCAACACUCUGGAGGGCAAGAAGCCGUGAGUAGACAGUCAAAUCACU